AUGAGCGGGUCUCCGGAUGCCUAUUUCACUUAUCAGCCCGGCUUCCUCUCGGGCCAGUGUGAAAAGCGGGCGUCGAAUAUUGACUAUGAGAAUCUCUUCACAGGCAACUAUGUGAGGGACUUCGUUGAGUCAGCUGAUUGGUCAGGGGUCUCGGAGCCGACCGCGAGAGUUUUAGAGGGUCCGACAGUACUGACUUGGCGAGAGAGUAAUGGCAAGAGAGAAGAUAAGAAUCUGUGGCAUAGUUAUAUGCACUAUCUGAACGUAUACCAAGCUCUUAUGGUCUUUGGUAUAAAGCCAGGACCUGAUGUUAGAGUCAUCUUCCUUGAUAAUAACGUACCAGUGUGGCACACUGAGCUGGUCACUGCUCUCGCGGGGAAGGUUCUGACCCUUAGCGACAUUCGUGAUGAUGCCCUACUACUGAAGGGCCCCGUCGUGGUCGCCCCUUCGAUGCAUAAUACGCCAUUCCAAGCAACGCAUUACGAAGUCGCCAUCCGUGAGUCUGGGUGGGUCUAUAAUGCUGUCCGUUGA